AUCGAUAACUAUGACGGAAUCAAUGCGGCAUGCUCACGGAUCGAAAGUAUGAAACGGGAGCUGGACGAGCUGAGAUCAACAGCAGCUACUGAUCCGGCAUCGAACGAUCCAGAGACAGUGCGUCCAGCCAAGCGCAAGAAGCCGUCCGACGAGCCGAAGCCGGUCACGAAACUGGAAAAGUACGGCAGCUACAGCUUUCUGCAGGAUGCCGAUGGUUACGUCCACGUCUACACGGAUGGGUCUUGUGAAGGGAACGGUACAGCGGCAGCCUGUGCCGGCUUGGGGGUGUACUUUGGAGAAGGGCAUGCUCUAAACACGGCGCAGCCCGUCAGUGGGCGAGCAACUAAUAAUUGUGGCGAAAUCCAAGCCGCGUCGUUAGCCGUACGGUUAGCCAAGAAACAUGGCAUUAAAAGACUGACUAUCAAUACCGAUUCCAAAUUCCUUAUCGAUUCCAUAACCAAGUGGAUGCCGAACUGGAAGCGAAAUCAGUGGAAGCUAUCCACCGGGAAACCGGUCAAGAAUCAGGUAGAUUUUAUGGAACUUGAUAAGGAAUUGGCGGACAAGAAGAUUGAAAUCAAAUGGAAUCAUGUGGAUGCUCAUUGCGGUAUUUUGGGCAACGAACGGGCAGAUGCAUUGGCCCGUGAAGGCUCAGCGAUGUUCCGGCGGCAGAAAGCUUCUCGUUGAUCGUGUAAUAUUAUAAGUGUAGCUCGGUAAGUUUUGCCUUUUUUUGAGGUUAUUAUAUUAUUUAUAUAACACUGAUUAAAUUUUCUGAUUAAAAA